UCGACGCCAAACCGGCCGUGUCCCCAACCUCGUUGCUCCCGAAAUUUUCAAGACUUGUUCUUGAUUUAUCCUAUAUAUUCUACCCAGUUGUUGGAAAAUUAUCGAUAUAUACCGAUAUAUAUAUUGAUAUCAUGGGAUUGAAACCACCUGCUGUAAAUAUUCUGUAUUAUGAUGAGCCUUCAGAAGCAUGGCUGCAAGACACGAUAUAUGACUUGGAUCCGUCCAACUUUCCGGAAUGUUCCUAUAUAUUUGUACCAGUCAAAAGAUACCCCGUUAACGAGGAAGAAAGGAUUGCAAUCUUGAGAAAGUUCAAUGCUCCGGAUAUACUCGCUUCAAGAAUGUGCCAUGAGAUCAAUGGAUACUGCGGUUCCAAGGUCUAUUACAAUGAGGAAGAUAAGCUGCGAAGCUACAGCACUUGGUUCCGCUGUCUUGUGAAGAUGAUUCUAGAUGAACCGUUACCGAAUGGCAAAGACUACAAAUGGUAUGAGAUGACAAUCGUAAGCCGCUGGGACUUUAACGGUCAGCGAAGAAUUCUUUGUAUCGACACACCAGACGAUUUUCCACGUCACAUGCAGGAUGCCCUACAGAACAAGGCUCCUGAUUCCAGGGACCCGUUCGCAAUGCAUCUACCUUUGAUGGACCAAAUCGUACGGCUGAACGAUGAGUCGGUCUGGGCUAUCAGGGAUCCAAUCCGAGAAAUCGAAAAGCGACGGCCAACAGCGGGACCUGAUUUCGAGGCGAUGCAUGAAAUUUCGCGACACUCGAUUCAUGUUUCAGAAGUCCUGCAUGUGACUAUCCAAACUUUCGAAAAGCUUUUGGAACAGCAAAAGAAGGUUCACGCGAGAUUGCCUAUCCCACUCGCGGCAGAGUAUUGCGAGCAAGUCAAUGAAUACCUGGACUUUCAAAUCCAGAUGCUGAAAAGUCUGAAAGAGCGGUCAAUAUCCAACUAUUCGAGGUUGAAAAGUGAAAUCACGGUGGCGUAUAAUCGAAUCGUACAGCAAGACAAUAGAGUGAUGAAGUCCAUUGCAUUCUUGACAAUGAUUUUCUUGCCCGCGACCUUCAUCUCUGCUAUCUUUAACACAACAUUCUUCCAGUUUGGAGAAGAUCAGCUCCAAGCGUCCAAGCAACUAUGGAUAUACUGGGUCGUAACGAUCCCAUCGACGCUUAUCAUUGUGGUUUUCUGGCGCUCUCUUCUCAACAGAAACCCACCAGUGACGUGGAAAUCAAUUUGGAACAUGAUAAAAUUCGAUGAGGCACGACAGAAAAGGAGAAAAAUGAUGGAGGAAAAGAAUGCCAUUGUAGUGUGAUGAAUCAUAUCAUUACUCAAUCUCCGUUAGUCAUGCUAGGGAGCGGCGUGGCCAGUGAGAGUUGUGCGAUAAGAUAUGCAUCCAACGGCGCCUUUAGGGCUUGACAUAUCAGUUGAUUAGAUCUGUGAGACGCAGCCGGCGCCAUAUUCUGCUAUUUACACAUGUAGGAAUUCGUCAA